AUGCCUUGUCAUAUUGUUCAGAAAAGUGUAUCUCGUAAUUUUAAAAAAGCAGCAGUUUGCGCUGGUGCAGAUGAAUGCGCAGAAAUUGGAUUAUCAAUUUUAAAAAAAGGAGGAACAGCAGUUGAUUCAGCAAUAGCAACAAUGAUUUGUAAUGGUUUAGUCCACAUGCAUAUAGCAGGAUAUGGUGGUGGAUUUUUCAUGACAAUUUAUCAAAGUGAUACUAAAAAAGUAUCAUUUUUAAAUGCCAAAGAAGAAUCACCAAAAGAAACAACAGAGUAUUCAUAUAAACAACUUCCACUAGAUGCAAAAAGUGGUCUUCGUAUUGCAGUACCUGGUGAAAUUGCUGGUUAUGCUGAAGCUCAUAAAAAAUUUGGUAGUGGUAAAAUUUCAUGGUCUGAAUUAUUUCAGCCAACAAUUGAUCUUUGUAAAAACGGAUUUAAAAUAACAAAAACAUUGCAUGAUGCUCUUGAAAAAUCACAAAGUGAUAUAGAAAAUGAUGAAACAUUGAGAGAAUUAUUUAUGGAUAAUAAAACAAAUAGUCAGUCGUUAAAACGAGAAGGACAGUUGGUAAACCAAACAACACUUUGUAAGACACUCGCUACAAUUGCAUUAAAUGGUUCAAGUGAAUUUUAUAAUGGUACACUUACUAAAACAAUCGUUGACGAUUUACAAAAACAAGAUCUACCAAGUAUCAUAACAGAGGAUGAUUUUUCCAACUACAAAGCUGAAUGGCUUGAACCACUUUCAAUAAAAUUAUCAAAUGAUUUAACACUACAUACGUCAAAUGUACCAAGUAGCGGUGGACUCUUGACACUUAUAAUGAAUAUUCUUGAUGAAUUUAAUUUUACUCCAAACAGUUUAAAUGAUUAUGCAAAAUCUAUAAAAAAAAAAAUUAAUGAAACAAAAACAUCAAACACAGAGAGUGAUUAUGGUGGUAAAGAAUCAGUUAACGAUCAAGGAACAGCUCAAGUAUCAGUUAUAGAUUCAAAGGGUAAUGCUGUUUCAGCAACAAGUAGUAUUAACGCUCCCUUUGGAAGUGGUAUUGUUAGUAAGAGUACUGGUCUUAUUUUUAACAAUGCAAUGGAUGCUUUUUGGACUCCAACAGUAACUGGUCCAACUGGAGGCGAAGAAAGUCAAGAUGGUAAUAGAAUUGAUGCUCAAAAAAAACCAUUGUCAUCAAUGCUUCCAACAAUUAUAACUGAUUCAAAAGGAGAUGUUAAAGUUGUUAUUGGAGGAACAGGAGGAACGAAAAUAAUAACAUCUGUACUUGCUAGAUAUUUGUGGAUGGGAGAGAAUAUGAAAACAGCUAUUGAUGCAAAUAGAAUUCAUUAUCAAGAUAUUGUUAUGAAAGUUGGUACUGAAAAAAUGGACAAUGUCGCUCAAAAACUGAAGAAAAAUUAUGGUCAUAGAGUCGUUCUUUUGAAAGAACCACACAGUGCUAUUUGCAGUCUUUCAAAAGAAAAUGGUAUUAUCAAUGGUGUUGCUGAUGGUCGUAGAGGAGGAAAUGUUACUGGUGAAUAA